AUGGGCAUUGGCUUGCCUGUCGAUAUGCCGAAGCUGAUGCCAUGCAAGACACCCCAGCGCCGUCCGCACUUGACCUCGCAGUCGCCGGAGUCGUCGGUUGGUGCAGCCAAACGAGCCGCGCACCUGAGCCAGCACUAG